CAACCAGCUUACAAAUGAGCGAUGGGAAAUUGCACUAAAUCUCAGCAAAAGAAGACUAAUAAGGAUGGGAAUCACUCCCACUUACAGCUUGCUCCCCUUUCACCCUCUGACCUGGGUGCUGAGAUUGUGGACAGCUGGCCACGGCCGCUGCAGAGCUUCGCCGCACUGCAGAGUCUUGCCGGGACGGCCUGCAUCUUCCUUCGACACAGCAUCGCUAUCACACAGAUCGACAGAGAGCUGAGACCAGAGGAGAUAGAAGAGCUGAGAGAUGCAUUUAAAGAGUUCGAUCGGGAUAAGGAUGGAUUCAUUGGCUACAAGGAGCUGGGAGAGUGUAUGAGGACCAUGGGUUACAUGCCUACUGAGAUGGAACUUAUUGAACUCUCACAAAAAAUCAAGCUCAAUGUUGGGGGUAAAGUUGACUUUGAGGACUUUGUAGAGCUAAUGGGGCCUAAACUUCUAGCAGAGACAGCAGACAUGAUUGGCGUAAAGGAGCUAAGAGAUGCUUUUCGAGAGUUUGACUCAAAUGGUGACGGGAGGAUCAGCACACGAGAACUGCGAGAGGCUAUGAGAAAACUCUUGGGUCAGCAACUUGGUCCUCGAGAAGUCGAUGAAAUCCUGAGAGAUGUGGACGUAAAUGGAGAUGGACUUGUAGAUUUUGAAGAGUUUGUACGAAUGAUGUCUCGCUGAAGAAACGAAGAAAUGAAAUGAUAGUGUGAAGAGUCUUAAAAAAAAAGCCUGAAUAUUUAUUUCCUCUUUGUCUUCAAAGCAA